AUGCCGAAUCAUUUCAACCUGGAGGAGUGUGAACGAUUCCUCCACGACGAAAACCAGUUUAGUCCAGGAGCGUCGAAACGCAUCGAAAAAUACCUUCAAAUUUCUCGAGAAGGCCUAGACGAGUUUUUGAUUCGAUUCCCAGAGAUGAUUCGAAAUGAGGAUCAAUUGUUUUAUAUCGUGCGAUUUAUGAGGGCGCAUCACAAGUUCGACACGCAAGAUCACGAAAGAAUUUUCAACAGUAACCUGUUUACAACUAUGGAGAGAAAAGUGACGGAGCUACUCGCUGUUGUGGAGCAAAAAGACCCCCACACGUAUUGGUAUUUGAUACAUGCCCUGCAGUCAAAACAUUCCUCUUUGUAUGAGCAUCUCCACGGAUCUAUAAAAUGUUGUGUGUGUAAAGAUAUAAAACAUAGAGAGAAAGAGGAGGAAUUAUAUUUUUCAGAUUUAGAAAACGAAGGGAAAGUAGUAGUCCCCUUACUUAAAGCUUUGUGUGAAGCAAUUGAGGACAAAGUCUCCAAUGGAAGAUCGUUUAUCGAAAAGAUGAGAAAUGCGAGGCAAAUGUGUAAAGAUAUAAAACAUAGAGAGAAAGAGGAGGAGUUACAUUUUUCAGAUUUGGAAAAUGAAGGGAAAGUAGUAGUCCCCUUACUUAAAGCUUUGUGUGAAGCAAUUGAGGACAAAGUCUCCACUGGAAGAUCGUUCAACGAAAAGAUGACAACUGCGAGGCAAAACUUUCCUCCACAGCACUCUCGCAUCGUCGAGUCUGGUGAACCCAAGAAACUCGAAAAAGUUAAAGAUAUCUUGAAUCCUACAAAAGACUGGACACCAGAGUUGGCAGAAGAGAUGCUCCGCACUUGUACCAGGAGGAAGCGAGCCUACAAAGCUGCUUUCAUCGGCUUGUCAGCGAUCACCCUCUUCAUUUUCCAUUCACUUCCGGCAUUUGAUUUUUUGUUCCUGUUUAUUUACGUCAACUUUUUGAUCAUGGUUAUAACCCUCUGA